GGGGCGUGUCCCGCGGAGGUGGGGGCGUGUCCCGCCGGUCCGGGCCGCUCCGCUCCGCGCCGCUCCGGAGGAGCCGGUGCCGCCGCUGCCAUGUACCGGGCCCUGUACAGCUUCCGCUCGGCAGAGCCCAACUCGCUGCCCUUCGCCGCCGGAGAGACGUUCCUGCUGCUGGAGCGCAGCAACCAGCACUGGUGGCUCGUCACCCGCGCCGGCUCCGGCGAGACGGGCUACGCGCCGGCCUCCUACCUCCAACGGCUGCAGGUGCUGGAGCAAGAUGUGGUUCUCCAGUCAAUUGACCGCGCCAUUGAGGCUGUGCACAAUGCGGCCAUGAAGAAUGGAGGGAAGUACAACCUGGAGCAGAGGGAUGUCCUCCAGAAGCUGAUCCAUCACCGGAAGGAGACGGUGUCCCGCAAAGGGCACUCCCCCAGCCCGCAGGGGAUGGUCAUGACACAGUCCUCCAGCGACCACCACCUGGACGUGGCGCGGCAGCCCAAUGGUGUGUGCCGGACCGGGUAUGAGCGGCACCACAGCCUGCCCAACACCGAGGUGGAGGAGGACGAUGAGGGUCUCUAUCAGAUCCCGCCACAGCCCCGGCGCGCUGCUCCUGUCACCCCCCCGCCUCCGGAGAAGCGCAGGAGCGCGCAGGCUCACCCUGGGAAAAGCGCUGUUGAAAUUAUCUCUGGGUCAGCUUCGAGUGCCUCCUCCGUGAGCACCACGUCCCUGGAUACCCUGUACACCGCUUCUUCCGCAUCGGAGACCGCGCUGCCCACGGCCGCCUCCAGCCCUGCCACCACCCCGCCGCCCGUGCCCAGCCGCAGCGUCCACACCACCAUCACACGCAACUUGGACACGGGCUCCGUGGCCCACUCCCGCCACGGCUCCUCCUCCAAGGACGGCACCAGCAAAUCCCCCCAGUCCAAGAGGGUUGCCCCGGCACCGCCGGCUGAGGGGGGGUCCCACCGGUCCCAUGCCGUGGAUGGGGAGAAGGCUGCUCAGGUGAAGAAAGCUGCCCCGGUGCCCGCUGCGGGCCUGGACGCCUUCAGCACCCUCUGCCUGGAGGAUAAGAAGAUGGCAGAGUCAUUGGCAGCAGAGCCCAGUGCUCUGGCAGUGUCCGUGCCCAAGACGAUAGGGGCUGAACUGAUUGAGCUGGUGCGCAGGAACACGCACCUCAGCUACGAGCUGUCCCGCGUGGCCAUCGGCGUGGUCAUCGGCCACAUCCAGACCUCCGUCCCGGCCACCAGCAGCAUCAUGGAGCAGAUCCUCAUCUCUGUGGUGGAGAGCAAGAACCUGAGUGCGGGGCUGCCCUCGGGGCAGAUCUGCCACGACGAGCAGCGCCUGGAGGUGAUCUUUGCAGACCUGGCCAGGCACAAGGAUGAUGCUCAGCAGCGCAGCUGGGCACUCUACGAGGACGAGAACGUCAUCUGCUGCUACCUGGAGGAGCUGCUCCGCAUCCUGACAGAUGCAGACCCAGAAGUGUGCAAGAAAAUGUGCAAGAAGAAUGAGUUUGAGUCCGUCCUGUCCCUUGUGGCCUAUUACCAGAUGGAGCACAGGGUGCCAUUGCGGCUGCUGCUGCUCAAGUGCUUUGGAGCCAUGUGCAACUUGGAUGCUGCGGUCAUCUCGACACUCGUGAACUCAGUGCUGCCCAUGGAGCUGGCCCGGGACAUGCAGACUCACACUCAAGAUCAUCAGAAGAUGUGCUACUCUGCGCUGGUUCUGGCCAUGAUGUUCUCCAUGGGGGAGCCCCUGCCCUAUCAUCACUAUGAACAUCUCAACUCUCAGUUUGUGCAGUUCCUGCUGGAUGUGAUUGAGGACGGGCUGCCCUCAGACACCACUGACCAGCUGCCUGACUUAUUUGUCAACGUCCUGCUGGCCUUCAACCUCCACAUUCCAGUUCCAGAGCACAGUGUGAUCAUGACCACAAUAAGCAAGCACUCGAAUGUAAAGACCUUCACAGAAAAACUGCUGCUGCUGCUGAACAGAGGAGAUGAUCCGGUUUGUAUCUUCAAGCAUCAGCCUCAGCCCCCGCACUCGGUGCUGAAGUUCCUGCAGGACAUCUUUGCCAGCAAGGACACAGCCAGCAUCUUCUACCACACGGACAUGAUGGUGCUGAUCGACAUCCUGGUGCGGCAGAUCGCUGAUCUCUCCCCAGGAGACAAGCUGAGGAUGGAGUAUCUGUCUCUGAUGCACGCCAUCAUCCGCUCCACAGCCUAUCUGCAGCACCAGCACCGCCUUUCCGACCUGCAGGGCAUCCUGCAGCGCAUCCUGGGCGAGGAGGAGGAGGACCAGCAGUGCCAGAUGGACAAACUCAUCAUCCUGGAGAUCUAUAAGGAGUUCCCAGAAAUCUCUCCUGGUACCAGCUAACCGCCCAUCGGCUUGAACUGGAGCCUGAACCACUUGGAUUGACAACGUCUCUUGUUGACACUUCCUCCCCAUUCCCUUCAGUACAGCUCAUACCUUGUACCCCUCCCUGCGAGGCCUAAGGUUGGGACAGUGUUCACCAGCCCUUUAGCAAGGCCAGCGGCAGAAAGGGCCCGGGAUGCCCCGGGGCUGGUGCUUGGGGAGGCUGGAGCACGGCAGGCGCUGGUGGUGCUCAGGCAGCUGGUGAUGGUGGGAAGGGCAGUGAGUGUGAGGGACGUGGCAGUGGGGGUGUUUGGCUGUGCUGCUGUCCCAAGGUCCCGAAGAGAAAGGCCUUUGCCUUAGAGCAUCACUUCUUUUCCAUGUGCAUCUCUCCCUGCAGUGACCAAGUGGAGUCUGCUGGUGCUUGGAAGAAGCUUCCGUAACAUCUGUUCUGUUUGCUGCUGUAGUGCCAAUGUGCUGCCGCCCUGCCAAAGGGGAGCAGCCCGCUCGCUGUCUGACGCCUCGUGUAGUGAGCCUUCCCCCUCCCGGCCCGCAGCCUUGCCUCUGGGCAGCAACUCGCCAGGGCCAGCAGAUCUUACCCCAGCAGCUGCUUUUUCGAUCUGCUUUCUAUAGUGCUGUUUAACCAAGGUCCUUGCACCCUGAGGCAGCCUCCAGUGACGACCACGCAGGUGCUGCUGCCCUGGGGAGGCCACUGGCCUGGGCACAGCUCAAAGCUGUGUCCUGCCAAGCAAAGGCUGCUGCGUGGCCCCGGGUGGGCAGCACGGCCCUGGGUGGGCAGCGUGGCCCUGGAUGGGUAGAUGCGCUCUGCUCUGUGGGUUUUGCUUCGUUGCAGCUCUGCCUCACUGCCCGCCCCUCACGCGGCAGCGCUCAGAGGCAGCGUCAGCCUCGUGUCCAGUAGCUGUUUGUGACCGUGCACGAGUGUGGGGAACCCUUAUUUAUAUUCCCUCUAGGUUUCUAGCAAGUGGGAUUAACCUGUCACACGCACUAACGUGGGUCUCUUAGCUGUUCAUGUGCGCAGUCUGGUCAAGCCCUGUCCCUAGCUCUUCCUUUACAGUACCCAGUGUAGGAGCUAUUGGAAAGUGGAACUGGAAAUGCUGGGCACUGUGUUGUUUUAGCUUGAAGUGAUCCCUGAGCUCUGCAGCCUGGGCUGUAGCCCUGGGGCAGGGAUGCUCAGGAGCAGAGGGGUUGGCCUGGCACUUAGGGGGGUGAGGCCCUGCUGAAGGCAGCCUGGCAGUGCCCAAGCUCAAUAACACCCUCGUAGAGAAACCUAUUUUUUCCCCUGUAAAAAUGUAUGAAUGUCAAAACGGAUCCUGUAUUUUCUUAAACACUCGGUGUAACAUGCAGAGGAAUAAAAUGUCUUUAACCGGA